UAUUUUGUCAGCUGUUGUAAAAAGUCAAUAAGGCUUAGCAAAACAAAUCGUACCAUAACAUUUUCCAAAGCUAAUUAUUGAUUUAGAACUAUUGAUCUGUUGACAAAUAUGAAAUUAAUUAGAGUACCAAAGUCCAAGUUUUGCUAACAAAAGAAUAUUUUUUUGUUAAUAAAAGUGCACGUUGAGUUUCACAUGUCCAAUGUCGUCGGUAUCAGAUGACGACAUAGACAAAAGAGAAGCAGGUGCGAUUGUCGACUUUAUCAAUCUUGGCGCUGAAGAAGAUGGUCAACUAUGUAAUGCAUUCCGAAAAUCGCUUCUGAUGAAUAAUUCAGAUGGAUUUUGUUGUGCUGAUUACCGUUUGGAUCAAUAUGCAGUGGAUGUAGCAGACUUUAGCUCACAGUACGGCAGUGAUUAUAGUAUUUCCUAUACUGCUACUAAUAUUACGGGGAAACCAAGAAAGUUUCCAGAAUAUGGUGAUUUUCCAGAAACAUAUGCAAUGCGUACGUAUGGAGAUUGGUGGGAAAAGGCACCAAGUCAUGUUCACGAGAUUCAACCACAAAAUAUUUCAAAAAUACCUGCUCAAGAUUAUAUAGUUAUUUAUUUUGAGGAAUAUGUCAUUCCUGAAGAGAUAUUGAUAUAUGAAACUUUCAACCCUGGAGCUUUGAUCCGAAUCUGGGCAUAUACUAUAACCAAAAGCUGGAUUUGUUUAUGGGAAACUGAGAAAUUACAUAUACCACCAUUUCAGGCCGUCAACCAAGCCCGCCGUUUUUCCCCCCAAUUGAAAAAAGGAAACUUGCCCACGAGGACUAUACGUCUAGAAUUCAAUCAUUCACUACUUAACUAUUUUACGGAAAUUGAUGCAGUUUUACUUAGGGGUAGAAAGGUGAAUAUUGAGGGCAUUCAACGCAUAUUGGAUUGUUAUAAAAAUCAACAAAAAUGUUCCAUAUUGCGGAAGCUGCAACAAAUCCAUUUUCGUCCAAAUAUCAAAGAAAAUUAUCAUAAUCACUUGAGGGAGUUUUUCACGAACGAUUUAAAUGAAUUUAUAAACGUUUUAAGCGAAAAUACGGAAGUUGUCACAAGCGAUGUAACUGCCGAAUCUAGUUGUAAAAGUAUUGGAUUCAACGAUAUGCCGUUUGAACUUGUUUUGAAAAUAUUUAGCUAUUUGGAUUUGAAAUCGUUAUUUCUAGUAGGACAAGUUUCCAAAUCUUUUUAUGACGUAUCUACACACCCAUUGCUGUACAGUGAAUUAAAUUUGAAACCUUAUUGGCAUCUUGCAUCCAGCGAUCUGUUAUGCACAUUGGCCAAAAGGUCAACAGUGUUGAAGAAAUUGGAUUUGUCAUGGUGUGGCUUAUUCAACACAAUUUCUCCUACAGAAUUCAAGAAAUUUAUACAACAGCGUGGAGAUAAUCUAACAUGUUUAAGGUUAGAUUCUUGUAAGAUUUUAAACGCAAGCUGCAUUGAAACGUUAGGAAUAGUGUGCGACAACUUAAAAGAGCUUUCACUGCGAAAUUGCUCUACAGAUCCACCCUUGCUUAAUUUUUCAUGUUUAGCGAAUUUGAAAAACCUUGAAAGAUUAGAUCUCUUUCAAACUGUAAUCGAACCAGAAUUAAUGUUAACCAUGUUGGAAAACAAUCGUAAAUUGAAACAUUUGAAUUUGGCAUAUUGCGGAAUAGCUGUUAACAUGGAUACUGUUGCGCAACAUAUAGGACAAUACAAUCAAGGUUUGAUCUCUUUGGAUUUGUGGAAAUCACGUUUUCUAUCGCCUGCAGGCUUGGAGGCCUUAUCCAGAUGCAUUGAUUUGGAAGAAGUUGAUUUCGGUUGGUGCUUACGAGAAGUAUCUCUUGGCCACAGUCUUAAAAGAUUACUAUUAAAUUGUACUAAACUAAAAAAACUCUUUUUGGCCACUGUACGUGGACUUACGGAUCAGGAUGUGGAGAAUAUAGCAAACUUUUGUAAGAACUUAGAACAAUUGGACCUGAUGGGGGUUUCAGGAAUAGCAAAGGAUCGUUAUUAUGAAAUUUUAAUGAAGUGUAAGAAACUGCAACUCCUCGAUUUAAGCUUCUGUGAUAAUAUUAGCAGUGAAGAGAUUGUAUUUUGGUCUCGAACUUUUCAAGUUAAUAUUAAAUGCAGUCAUUUUCCAGACGUGCCUAACGAAAUAAGAUAUUAAUCUAAAAUUUAUGAGUGUACGGUGUUAAAAGAAGUGGGCUGAAUAAAUGUUGAAUAUAUUUACAUAAACAUAAUGAUGAUGUAAUUAUAUAAAUGUAAAUAAGAUUGUAUAGUAGAAUAAUUUACGUUCAAAUAAAACCUGAAAAACGAUUUCGUAGUGAAGUAUUAAUAAAAA